AUGCCUACCAGACUUCACCACAACAGAAAGAAGCGUGGACAUGUUUCCGCCGGUCACGGUCGUGUCGGCAAGCACAGAAAGCAUCCUGGUGGUCGUGGUCUUGCUGGUGGUCAACACCACCACCGUAUCAACAUGGACAAGUACCAUCCUGGUUACUUCGGUAAGGUCGGUAUGCGCUACUUCCACAAGACCCACAACCAGUUCCAUCGUCCUAUUGUCAACCUUGACAAGAUCUGGACCUUGGUUGGUGAGGAAGUCCGUAACAAGUACAAGAACACCGAAAAGGUUGCCGUCAUCGAUGCUCUUCAACACGGUUUCCACAAGGUCCUUGCCAAGGGUCGUCUCCCCGAACAACCCGUCAUUGUCCGCACCAAGUUUGUUUCCCGCCGCGCUGAGGAAAAGAUCAAGGCUGCCGGUGGUGUUGUCGAGCUCAUCGCUUAA